GACUAGUCAUGAUAAAAUGGUAUGUUUAGGAUUACCCGGAGGUGAUGCAAGCGCACCGCGACAACCGAAACUACGUAAAGUGGAACCUGGAGAAUAUGGCGCGCAUGCUCGCGCACACCUUCCCAACAAGCACGUGCUGGUCAAGGCUUCCAGGGUGGAGUACAAGAGCUUCAGUUGUUACGACAACUUCGUGCCGAGCAACAACGCGGGUGUGCCAGAACACACGCCCACACACAACGCGCUGCAGCACGGAGAGGUAUGGAGCUCAUGA